AUGGCUGCUCCCAUGACUGUUACCAUACAGAAUCUUAACGGAAGUUGGACUCUGGACAAGGGCCUGUCCAAUGAAGCAGACCCAAUGCUGAAGCUGCUAGGAGUCCCAUGGGUGCUCCGCAAGGCAUUUUCAGCAGUAACGCUGCACGUCCAUAUCUCGGAGUAUACUACAACAGACCCCAUGACCAGGAAAGCCUUGGUAAACAUCGAACUUGUUCAAAGCGCAAUAGGCGGAGGCCUCGCAGGAACGACUGAAAAGCGAACGCUGAAUUGGCAAGUGAAUCAUCACAAGGACUACAUUUUUGGUGCUGUUCAAGGCUGGAGUCACUUUAUUGGUUGUUCUACAGAUCUUGACGGGAGCAUACUGCCAGAUCUCGACUUGCAAACCAACGUCGAGAAUAAAGCGAGUGUAGCGCGAUUCCUUCAAGCAAAAUCUGACCCAGAUGGUAUCAUUGCUGGCGGAUUUCUCGUGGAAGAGCCCGAAGCUUCCAACUUUGGAAACGGGUUGGGUCUUUGGGUGCACACUUUUGAGCGUAGUGUGAAUUCUGGCUGGACAUUGGAGCAGGUCUGGGGUUUUGAGCUGAUCGGUGGUCAACGUUACUUUACCCGUCGGAUGGUCAUUGUCAACUCCGCGGGACAAUACGAAAUGGGUAGACUUGUUUACAAUUUCCAUGAUGAUUGA